AUGGUACAACAGAGGAAUUGGACUGAUAGCUGCGAGAGGAAUUCCACUGCAGAAAGUUGCAAAAGCAAAAAUGGAGACAUUACAUACAACAUGCAAGAAGUGGCUAACACGGUAUGGGAAGAUGUUUCAUAUUCAAUUCUUACAAUCCCGUACAAAGAUUAUUGCGCAAAUGCUUGUUUAGACGAUUGUAACUGUGAAGCUGCGCUAUUCAAAGACAGGACCUGCAAAAAACAGAGGCUUCCAUUGAGAUAUGGGAGAAGGCAAUUGAGUGAUUCAAACAUAGCUUUCAUCAAGCAAUACCAAACCAAAACCUUCACUGGCAUCAGAGGGACAAGGGGGUAUGUUGCUCCAGAGUGGCAUUGGAAACUGCCCAUCACAGUGAAAGCAGAUGUUUAUAGCUACGACAUUGUACUCUUGGAAAUUAUAUGUUGUCGAAAGAAUGUAGAUUGGAAUCUACCCAAGAAAGAAGCCAUUCUUGAAGAAUGGGCCUACCAUUGUUUUGAAACUAAUGAGAUAACUAAAUUACUUGGCGAUGAAAAGGUUGACAAGAAACAAGCGGAGAUAAUGGUUAAAUUGGGAAUUUGGUACAUUCAGGAUGAGCCAUCACUCCGGCCCUCAAUGAAGAAGGUUCUGAUUAUGUUGGAAGGGACUAUUGAUAUUCCAAUCCCUCCUAGCCUUGCUUCUUUCCUAAGUGCGAUAUAG